GCAUCGAUGGUAGGUCUCUUGCAUAUCUCUUGGAAGGCCUCUUCUUCCAUGGAAUUCCAAGUAAGGCAUGAAAGGAGUGUCUAGGGCUACGAUGGUAGGUCUCUUGCAUGUGUCUUGGAAGGCCUCCUCUUCUAAAGAGAUCCAAGGACGGGAUGGAAGGAAUGUUGAGUGCAUCUUGCCAAAAUUCAAUGCGAUCAACCUUUCUAGAUACAAAGCGAUGAGGCUUAGUAUAAAGUCCCAAUCCAUUGCUGCCUUUACCACUCGAUCAUCUGAGUCCUUGAUCACUCAUCUGGGAUUGCAUCUGCAAGAAGAAACUUUGCUAGCGUAUUCAAUUGAGUCCAGAACCAAGAUGUCUUCAAUCAGCAGUAGCUUAGCUGAUAUCAUUCCGUUUACUUCACGAGCGCUUCAUAAGUUCUACGAACCUCUUGUCCUUCUUGAAGCUCUCAACGUUGCGGCAAAAGAAGCAGCAGGAUACCCCACAACAGCCGAGUCUCCUGUAAUCAAGGACAUCAAAGAACUGUACCAUACUUUCGUGUACAAGCUUGCUCAUGUCUGUGACAACGUCAAAGGCGGCCAUCAUGGAGGGUCCAUCACAUCUAUUAUGAUACUUUGCAAUACUUCUGGAAUUAUUCAAUACUACUUUGCAUCGAACAACAGAACACAAGAACAACUGGAGACCACAUCAAACUUCAUUGAUGACUUGCUACAACAGCUCAAGGGGCUACGAAGGAGAUCCUCAAACCAAGGUCUACUUAUUGACCCAGUACUCCAAUCUGUGCUGCUCUUCAACCAACCAAGGAUCACUGUUUAUUUGAAACGACUAGAUUUCCAGGCAAGAGAAUGCCUAAAGAAUUAUUCGAGCCUAGAGCCGGAAGAGAGUAGAUCGAUAGCCCACGCGAUCAGCGACUUCCUUAGUUCUGCCAGACCUGAGACCCCGAUACCAGUUGAGGGACCAGAGUUCGUUACCAGGUGCAAAGUGUUGAUUGACCAACUCAUUACCAUGCGCCAAUCCCAAGUCGGUAUUUUGAUCGAGGCGCGAGCGCGUGAGGGGCGUAUGCUGGGCUAUAGAAGCCAGGAAUGCUGGUCAGAAUUCCAACAUACCAUGAGCCGCAUUCUAGCCUAUCCCCAAUCCGUUCAGUUCUUGCGAAAAGCUCGGAAGAAUUGGCCCGAACUCUUCGAGGACUAUGAAAUACAUGCUAUCCCAUCGAGCUCACCUAUACAGAGGCCUUGUAGAAACAAAAGUCAAACCGCUGACGGGAUUGUCGGACGCAUGACAAGGAAACAAAAGGAGAUUGAAACCUUCAGGAGCUUUGUUGCCACACUGCAAAGCUUCAACCUCGAUGCAAGGAUCCAAAAUCAAUGGCGCAACGAGAGUUUUCGCCCCAUUGUGCACUCCGAAAUCAUCCUUUUGGAUUGGCUAGAGAAUAAUGGCGGCAUCGAGCCUUAUAGGUUCUUCAAUGGCUGGAUGUACAUCGGUAGUAGUAAACCUACAUGUAGGCUCUGCCACUACUAUUUCGAGGCACAUGGAUCAGGGGUAGAACACCGUCCUAGCCAUGAGAACCUCUACAUCAGUUGGCGGUUCCCUGAUGUUUUCGUAUCUCAGGGCAACCAAGCACGAGACUUAAGGCAAGUAAUGAUGGAUCGGAUACUUGUCAAGAUCCGCAAGGAUGCUUUCCAGUUAGUGAGGCAGAAGGUUCCGCCAAGUUAUAAGGAACAUGACUCGAACACGUUCUCUGCUAUGAUUACAUUUCGGGAUAGCUAUAUGAUAGAUGAGAGGAGCGUCGUAGAUAUGGACGAUGUCACCUCGCUCAUGGGCGAGGUGUCGUUGGACAGAAAAUAGGAUCACUCUCUAGCUUUCUCUGAAAUAGGAACCGUCGUCCGACUUGCUUGAUAGUCCGGUCUUACUGUCAUCGCGCUAUCAUGGCCAUAUCGAGAUUUCCCAGACAACUCCCAUCCUCUCUCAAGACCC